AUGGAAGAGCGGAGCAAAUUCAAAGAGUUGCCUAUCCAGCCCCAGGGCAUCUUUUGGGAAGAUGACUUUAUCUCCCCAGAGCAUGAGCAACGCCUCAUCUCCAUCUUCCAAAAUGAGCUAGAAUGGGCAGAUCGCCCCGGCCGUCUGUCACUCCACUACGGCUACACAUUCGACUAUAAGACAUUUGGCAUCGAUCCAGAGAUUCCGUUUAAGGAAUUUCCAGAAUGGCUGCGGCCACUGAUUCCGAUUACCGAAGUACGACCUCCGGAUCAAGUCUGCCUACAGUACUACCCACCUGGUGCUGGGAUCCCACCACACGUAGAUGCACACGGUCCAUAUGAUCAGCUCUACGCGUUAUCACUCGGCGGGCCGGCGGUGAUGCAGUUCCGAAAGGGAGAAGAGCGGAUCGACAUUGAUUUGACUCCUCGAAGCAUGAUGCAGAUGUCGGGAGACUCCCGACUGCAUUGGACUCAUGGCAUUAAGAAGCGGAAGAACGAUACUUUGCCGGAUGGGAUGCAACGGCCGCGCACCAACCGCUGGAGUAUCACUUAUCGCUGGCUCAGAGAUGGAGGUGAAUGUGAAUGCGGGAAUAUUGUCCAUUGCGAUACAGCUCAGCGCCGACUGGGCGUCGAGAAAGAGAAAAGGUCGGUUCUGGCAAUAGCAGCACAGGCCAGCGUCGUGGAGCAGCCAUAA